UAGAGAGAGAGGCGGUAGAGAGAGGAGAGAGAGAGAGAGAGAGAGAGAGAGAGCGGAGCAGAGCAGAGCGUCGCUGUGUGGACCGAGCAGAACCAGCAGAACCACCAUGAACGGCCCGUGAAACCUGCUCGUGCUGCACUCACGCGCUGCAUCCGUCGUCCGCGCGGCGCAGAGGCCGAUCGAGGUGAUACCUCAUUGGCUGGUGUGACCCCGCAGGCCCGCCUCCUCUCAAGGUGGGCCCUGAUUGGCUGGACCUGGUCUAGGGAGAAAAUGGCCGCCCUCAGCUGAAGAGCUAAGCACCGCUGUUUUCCUCCUCCGCCUCCCUAACGUCACUGUUCAUUGCUUUGUUGUGAACUGUGAUUUCCCUCCCAACUGUUUCCGUUAGAGUACUAUGGCAAUGCAUGAUAUGAGUCGUGCCAAGGGUUUCCCCUGUAAAGAAUGUGAUAUGGUUUGUCCGAGUACUCCAAGUCUUCUAGAACAUAUGAAAGCACAUUAUCAGCAAGAAGAGAACGGUCGUUUUGAGUGUGAACAGUGUGGACGCAUUUACAAGCACGCAGCUAGCUUAGCCAAUCAUAAGAAAUCUCACGAAGUGGGUUCGUUCCAGUGCCCCGUUUGUACCCGUACCCUGCCAAACGCCGUCGCUUUGAAGAACCACUUACGUAUCCAUACAUUGUCCCCCAGUAGUGCGCACGCAGAAGAAGAAAGCGAAGAGGUACCUGAAGAGGCGGGCCACGACGAGAGGGACUACGGUCUCGCCCAAGACCUCUCGGACGGGUUUGGGCGCCCUCAUUUGAAUAAUAGUGGUAUGGGACAUAGUGUCCUUCAAAGCCACGAGACAGACGACCACGGGAAAAAAGGCUCCCCCGAAUCCGACGACGCCUGGGACAGACCCUUCAAGUGCGACCAGUGUGACCGAACCUACCGGCACCACGGCAGCCUGGUGAACCACAAGAAGUGUCACCAGCAAGGAACUUUCAAGUGCUCUGUGUGUUUCAAACAAUUCAGCAACCUGGCUGCCUUAAACAGCCACGAGAGAACUCACUCGAAGUUCAAGACCCCCGGGGCUUCCAUGGUGAGCGGCGGCAGCAGCAGCCUCCACGGGUCGGAGCGCGGCGGCGGCACGCAGUCGUCCCAGAGUGACGACACGGCCUCGUGCUUCUGCCACCUGUGCCAGAUAGCGCUGCCGAAUAAGACAGACUUCCAGGAGCACAUCCUGCUGCACAACGCGGCCUCGCCCUCCCUCGGCCUGCCGCGCAGCUUCCCAGGCAUCAUGCCCCACAAUCUGAGCGCGGUUCGAUCCCCGGCAUACACCCCCGCUCUGGGUGACCCACUGCCGUUGCCACCCCUGCCCAGUGACAAAAGAGGUCCCUAUGACCCAAUAAUGGGCCCUCCGGUCAACAAUCCCAUCUACACAUGCGCCUACUGUGGCGCAGGACACCCAGAUCUGGAGACCCUGAAAGUCCACUAUCUGACCCAUGAUCCCCACCCGGGCUCCCACGGCCAGGACAGCUCCCUCCUGAACUCGGACACGCUAAGCUCCGGUUCCCAGGGCUCGGUGUCUUCCCCCUCCGGAGGCCGCGUGCCCCAGGCCAACUCUCCAGACGACGGAGAGCGCCGCUUUAAGUGCGGGGAAUGUGGCAAAAGCUAUCGGCACGCAGGAAGCCUGGUCAACCACAAACGCUGCCAUCAGACAGGCCACUACCAGUGCACCAUCUGCUGUAAACAGUACCCUCACCUGGCGGCGCUACACAGCCACCUACGAAGUCACAAGGGGCGUGGCUCCAACCAGCCGAUCAAUAACGACAGCAAUGACUGGCUGUCUCCGGAGCCGCUGACUCUGGACUCCCAGCAGAGCUACGUCCAGGAAGGCAGUGGUGCCACCACUCCAAUUUCCCUACCAGGGAAUCUCGGUGAUGCCGCCCACUUCGUACCGGAUGGUGGCCACAGCAGUGGGUUGGACUCUCUCGAGUUCCACGAUCGCUUUGACGGCAGCUCACUCUCCCAGAGCAACUCUGCCCACCGGCAGGCCGACCGACAUGUGUGUGCCGACUGCGGCGAGAUGUACGGAGACGUUUCUGGCAUCAAGUCGCACAUGUGUCCCCGUCGUGGCCAACAGCCACAACCGCAGCAGAGCACCAUGUCCAACGGUUUCAUGGGGAGCAUGAACUACCACAGCUCCAGUGGAACCUCGCUGCCCACUGGGAGCUCCAGCAGCCUGAAAGAAAGCAGCAGCCAACGGCAGUACUCCCAGAGCGGAGGCAAGAGAAUGGGUAGCAAUGACAAGGAUGACGAGGACGAUGGAGAAGUGUAUCAGUGUUCGGUAUGCGGAAACCACUACGCCAGCCUCAGAGCCCUCAGAAGCCACCUGCGUAGCCAUGCCAACAACCCGACGGCGCCAGGACCUUCCAACCUAGAGCAGGAGUGGAGGAUGAUCUGCUCCACCUGUGGCCAGAGCUUCUCCAGGAAACAGGACCUCCUGAAUCACCAGUUAGUCCACGGCCCCCAAAGGCCGGACGGCCAGCAACAGGGUAUUGUAGGCAGCUCAGCUAAUGGCAAUGACAAGAUGGACGGACGCAACCACAUCUGUGUUGACUGUGGCAUGUUUUUCGCUGACCGCCACCACCUGAUCACCCACCUGUGCCCUGGUAAGAACCGGGGGAGCUCACUGAGCAAGCAGGGCCUGAAUGGAGCCAAAGGGAUGUCUGGAGGUGAAGGUGUCGGCGGUGGGGUUGCCGGAGGAAGCCGUGAUGUCGGCGGCGAUGGACGUAGGCCAAUGGUUGACCAAAGCGACAAGCCCCACAAGUGCGACCAGUGUGGACGAGGAUACAGACACCCCUGCUCCCUCCUUAACCACAAGAAGUCCCAUAAGACCGGUGUUUUCCGCUGCUUGGUGUGUCAGAAACGCUACUACAAUCUGCUGGCUCUCAAGAAUCACCAAAGGACCCACUUUGAUCUAAAGAGGCACAAGUGUGAAGAAUGCGGCAAGGCGUUCAAGAUCCAAAAGCAGCUGAUCAACCACCUCCGUCUCCACGAGGAGCACCGAGCCAAAGGCCUCGUUCGGACCGGCCCCAACGGUUCCCGCUUCCAGCAGCCGGGCCCUUCUCAAAUGCAGACCAUGAGAGGAGAGUCGUCGAAGAGCCAGGCAAUGGGCGCGAAAUACAGCCAUCAAGGUUUUAAAAAGCCUUACUCUUCAGCCGGAACUUCCAGGCCCCAGAAGUUUGACCCGUCGGAGACUGGGCGGCGGCCUUUUGCUUGUGAAGAAUGUGGCAAGACGUACCGGCACGCGGGCAGCCUGGCCAAUCACAAGAACCUUCACAAAAUCGGGGAAUACCACUGCAAUGUUUGCAACUCUACGUACCCCAACAGGCUGGCCAUGAAAAACCACCUACGUCUCCACUUCGCCCAGAAGAAGCACAACUGCCAAGAAUGUGGCAAAGGCUUCCGCACUCAGAGGCAGCUAGCUACCCACACCACCGCCGGCCUGUGCAAAGGGCCGCAGGGCCCCGGGGUCCAGAUGGAUUUUGAGUGCGAUGGCUGCUGCGAGGGCUUUACCACGGCGGAUGAGCUUGCGGCCCACGACUGCCCGGCCCAGCACCUGCCCUCGUCCUCCUCCACCAACAGCUCCACCAACAUCAGCUUGGAGAGGAGCUCAGUGGACCUGGACUCCGACGAGAGACCCUACGCAUGCGACCUGUGCAGCUGCGCCUACAAACACGCCAGCUCCCUGCUGAACCACAAGCACACCCACAAGACCGGCAACUUCCGGUGCAACUUCUGCGACAAGCCCUACACCAACUACAUGGCGCUGCGCAACCACAUGCGCAUCCACACCCAGCGGAAGAAGCACAUCUGCCACACAUGCGGGAAAGCCUUCCGGCUGGCCAGGUUCCUCCGAAACCACCAGAAGGUCCACGAGGAGGGCGCGACCCCCUUCGGCUGCCCCACCUGUGGGAAGAGCUUCCAGGGGAGAUCCGGUCUAGCCAGGCACCGCUGCGGGGACAACCAGGUAGGCAUGGAAGUGAGGAGGAAGGCCACUACACCCGCAGGAGAGGGCGACGAGUGUCGGUACACAUGUGAUCAGUGCGGUCGGUCCUACCGCCACGCCAGCUCCCUCCUCAACCACAAGAACACCCACACCGUCGGCAUCUACCACUGCGCCGUGUGCCUCAAGACCUACUCCAACCUACUCGCCCUGAAGAACCACCGCCGUAUCCACUCAGAGACGCGGCGCCACCGUUGCCACGACUGCGGCAAGGCCUUCCGGGUCUCCUCCCAGCUCUACAACCACCGACGCGUCCACCAGAAGCAGAGGGAGCUGACCUGCCGGUCCUGCCAGAGAGCUUUUCCCACGCAUGCCAGCUUCAGGCUCCACAUGGAGAUCACCCACGGCCAGGCGCCGCAGCCCCGCCAGCCCAGAUCCCAGCAGCCCCGACCCGGGGGCUCCCAGGAGCUGGGCUGGGGGUCCGGCCUGGACCACACCUUGAUGCAAGAGCAAGGACUCAACCCGAGCAGCAUGGGCAAAGCCCGCGGCCGCGGGGGCCACGGCGAGGUCCUCAAACCCCACGUGUGCGAUCAGUGCGGUCGGUCCUACCGCCACGCCAGCUCCCUGCUCAACCACAAGAACAGCCACAAGACCGGGACCUACUUCUGCAACUCCUGCCAGAAGGAGUUCCCCAACCUCAUGUCGCUCAAGAACCACCGCCGGAUCCACACCGAGCCCAAACGCUACCAGUGCCCCGACUGCGGCAAGUCCUUCCGAGUCUCCACCCAACUCAUCUGCCACCGCCGCAUCCACACCAAGGAGAAGCCGUUCUCCUGCCAGCAGUGCGACAAGCGCUUCUCCUCCAAGUCCAACCUGAGGCACCACAUGAAGGUUCACUGGAGCGGCUCCACGGCGCCCCCCAUGGCCAUGGGUGCGCCCAACUUCCUGGAUCUGAGUCCGGAGGGUUCCACCAGCAGCUCGAAAGCCUUCAUCUGCAGUCAGUGCGGUCGGUCCUACCGCCACGCCAGCUCCCUGCUCAACCACAAGAACAGCCACAAGACCGGGACCUACUUCUGCAACUCCUGCCAGAAGGAGUUCCCCAACCUCAUGUCGCUCAAGAACCACCGCCGGAUCCACACCGAGCCCAAACGCUACCAGUGCCCCGAGUGCGGCAAGUCCUUCCGGGUCUCCACGGCGCUCGUUUGCCACCGCCGCAUCCACACCAAGGAGAAGCCGUUCUCCUGCCAGCAGUGCGACAAGAGCUUCUCCUCCAAGUCCAACCUGAGGCACCACAUGAAGGUUCACUGGAGAGGACCGCCGCCGUCCAGAUGGACUUCAUCCGCCUUCCUCGCCGUCUCCUCCAGACCGUUCUUCUAAACGACCCGACCUCCAACCGGACCACAUCACCAAAUGUACAUGACUGAAAUAUUUGACCUGAAAACAUAUUAAUCUGAAUUUAUUCAAUUUAUUAAUAACUUCCAAAAGAGUUAUUUCAGAAUAUGUCAGGAAAAAACUUUUACUACGACUCCCAACGUGCAUUUCACUAACAAAUCAAAAUCUUCUAUGUUUCGCUAACAGCAAGUUAAAUGUAAAGAUAGAUGAAAAAAAUUGAUUUAAAACAUACAUUUUUUUUAUCCAAUAACGACAGAUGAUUUUUUUCCAUUUUCACAAAUUGUAAUCCUGAAAAUUCAUAAUUAUUAAAAUGUAAAUGUUUCUUUUUUCGGACCACAGAUAUAUAGUAUAGAAGAGGUCAUUGGGUGCUUUGGACUGUGGGAACCUUUUCAUAGUUUAACAACAUGAAUGACAUUAGUGGACAGCGGUUUGUCGAACACCAGCAACACCCAUGUUUUAGAAAACAAAUGGGCCGACAGUGAAGUCAAGAAGUUAACGCGUGAGAGCGGCUGCUCAGUGAGCUAAACCAGUAGCACAAAGGCUAACCAGUAACGUUAGCACAAAGGCUAACCACUAACGUUAGCACAAAGGCUAACCACUAACGUUAGCACAAAGGCUAACCACUAACGUUAGCACAAAGGCUAACCAGUUAUAUUAGCACAAAGGCUAAUCAGUUUUAUUAGCACAAAGGCUAAUCAGUUUUAUUAGCACAAAGGCUAAUCAGUUAUAUUAGCACAAAGGCUAACCAGUUGUAUUAGCACAAAGGCUAAUCAGUUUUAUUAGCACAAAGGCUAAUCAGUUAUAUUAGCACAAAGGCUAACCAGUUGUAUUAGCACAAAGGCUAAUCAGUUUUAUUAGCACAAAGGCUAAUCAGUUUUAUUAGCACAAAGGCUAAUUAGUUUUAUUAGCACAAAGGCUAAUCAGUUAUAUUAGCACAAAGGCUAACCAGUUAUAUUAGCACAAAGGCUAACCAGUUAUAUUAGCACAAAGGCUAACCAGUUAUAUUAGCACAAAGGCUAACCAGUUAUAUUAGCACAUGAGAGGAACUGGAGGUCUAAGUGUAAAUGCUGCGUUCAGGAACUUCUCCAACAUGAUGACGUGAACAUAACAGGUUCAGAUCUGCAGGUGAUGCGUUCAGGUUCAGCAUCAGAUCCGUCACUAAGACUUCACAGCUUCUGACAAACUAUGAAGUAUUCAAGUUGAAGACGCUGAAGACGAGCGGGCCUGCAGGAAGUCAACGUGGACGAACAAAAAGAGAUUCAGUGUUUUAAAAACUGUAACUUCUUCUGAAGACGUGAAGCAGAGAGAAACGUUCAUUCAACUCUUCUGAUUCUCUUUGAAAGAAAGUCCUCCUCUGUGUUUAAUAAAGUAUUCCACCUUAAAGGAUUUAAGGUGGUCGGACACCACAGAGUCCAGUUCUUCAUGCUGAGUUUGAGUUUCAUGUGACGUCUGAUUCAGCUUCAUUUAAACUUCAUUAAUGUCACGUGGAGAAAAUAAAUCUACCAUAAAAGUUUUGAUUAUUAUUAUCAUCAUUAUUAUUAAUAUAACUGUUGUUAUUAUCAUAUUAUCAAGUGUUUUGGUAACUCAAAAGGAUUUUUAAAA